AUGGAUUCCAACACCUCAGCCACCGCCGCCGCCCGCCCCUGCUGGAAGGUGGACACGGCCAACGGCGAGCAGCAUACCAAGUACAUUCCGCUCCACCACGCACGCCAGUUCUUCGCCGUCGACGCCUCGGGCUCCACCGCUGGCACCGUCAUCGCCCGAGAGCAUGAGUUCGUGACGAAGCUCCACGACGGCCACCCCCAUGACCGAGCCGCUCUCUGGGGGUCCGACUGCGAGGACCCGGCCGACAACUUCCCCAUAGCACCCUGGAGAGCAGCCAGCGGCGGCACCCAGCCCUCGCGCAUCCUGCAUAACCAGCGCGUCCUCGACACCAUUGCUGCCUCGGACCUCUGGUACCUGCUCACUGACGGCGAGAUCUGGGGAGACGAUGUCCAGAGGCUGUGCGGGCUCGCCGUCGACACCGGAGUGCUCAAUGUCCCCACCAUCUUCGUCAUCACCGGCACCAGGGGCUCGUCUCGACCCUCAGACCUCAACGUGUCCGUCGGCAUUUCCUUCUUCGCCAACGCCCAGCACGUCCUCAUUCUCUUCAAGGAAUCAUCCACCGGCCACUUGUACAUCAUCGCCGCCAAGGGCUGCUUCGCCGCCCUGGAUUCCAACACUGCCAACACAGCUCCCGACCUUUCGAGCUGGACUCCGCUGAAGGAGCUCUUCUCCGAGCGCGACCUCAUUCAGCUGCUGCGCACAGCCGCCAUCCAAGUGCCCACCGCCGAGACCCGUCCCAGCCUUGUGUCGGGCACCAUCAGCCUGGGAGAAGAGUGGGAGAAGUGGAACCCGAACACUGUCGUCGAUCUGGACCUCCUUGUCACCGCCGGGGGCAAGCUCACCAAUACGGACCUGGAGCAGCUCCUGGACGACGCCGCCUUUGGCAACCUUUCACUGGCCUUCAAGACUCGCGGCCGCAUCCAGGACCUGCGCAGCUUCGUCAUGAGCCAGAAGGUCGACGAGAUCAACCUCAGGCUAGAGGACAUAUCCGGAGCUCGCGCCCUCAUUGCGCGUCUCAGCGAUCAGACUCUCGACGCCAACGCGCGAGAUGCCCUGCAGCUCGAGCUGCGCGAGGCUCACGCCCGCAACCGUCACCACUACCAAGAUGCCGUCAAGAGGCUGAAGGAGUCGGGCGAGCAUCAGGCCGCGCGCAACCGCAACACCCUCGUGAACUUCGCACUGGAGCAGCUCGCCGCCAUGGAAAGCUCGACCUACACUGCCAACAUCCUCGCUCGCCCCAGCAACCGCGCUCGCCGAGCCGCCAUGGUCACGGGUGGCGGCGAGAUCUCGGUGCAGAGCCUCGACCUGGAGACCCCGAACGCUUUCCGCGGUGACUGUCACAUUUGCUGCGGUGAAAACGAGGUCAUGUCCAUCUCGCUCAAGGCCGGUGCCGACGCCGCAGCCAACACAGACAACUUCGCCCUCGACUUCCCUCUCGCCGCCGGCCGCUUCAACUCCAAUAAAGACGUCAUCUCCAGCCAGCUUGUCUGCUUCCAAUGCGCUCUUGCUUUCGAAGGGAGAUCGUUGUUCAAGGAAGACGUGGCCGCCGUGUUGCCCGCAGUCGACUGCCACGAGAGCAACAAGAAGUACAUCCACGAGCAGUUGCACCUCGCUCUGACAGGCGGCCUCCGCGUGGGUGCGUCUGGCACGUCGCAGCUCUUCAUGACAAUCCUGGACCGCACUCUCCGGGAAAAGGAAUGGGCGGGCGCUGGCUCCGAGAUGGCCCUGGAUGCAGAGGUAGCCCAGCGGCGGGACUUGUUCCGGUGGGUCUUGGCCAACCUACUCGAAAGGACCGGCUGCAGGGAGACGUUCAACGAGCAGGGCCAGUGGGUCACGUACAGCAAGGCGCUCGCGUGGGCCGCCAAGGAUUUCCGCGAGCAGGGGCUCGACAGCUGGGCUGUGGGCUACCCGACGGCCGGCUUCAUGCAACUGAUCCGGUUCGGCCGGCAGCUGGAAGCCUUUGAUGCACAGACGGCGCGAGACUUGCGGCUGGCAAAGGUGCUGCACUCGGUGGCGUCGGCAUACCUGGCGCAGCUGUACAAGAACAUGCACACCGGCAACCAAGCAUGGAAGCAGCCACUGCUCGCGCUCAUCUACGCAGAGUUCAACGGUGACCUCGUUCCCACGGACAAGCGCGGCUACAAGUCCGUCCUCGGUGACUCGGCCGUGUUCUGGGAGCGCCUGUCCGCCUUCCUGACGGCCGACGUCGAGCUCCUCGCCGACUGGGACGCCGCCGACAUGGAGCGCGCAAUGAGACGGGUGCAGGUCCUCACCUUCUGGCUCGUCUACCUCCAGCGUGACCACACCCGAGCAAAGACGUACUUCCAGAAGCUCCGCAACGAACAGCCCCUCUCCCAUGCCGUUCUCGACCCCCACACCGCCGACCCCCUCGCCCCAUCCGUCACCCACCCCACCCUCCUCUCCAUCUUCCGCGGCGACGACACCACCGACCCCACCACCCUCGCCCUCCGCGCCCGCCACACCGGCGGCGCCCCCUUCUUCACCCCCUUCGGCCCGAGCGUCCUGCGUUGCUGCUACCCCGCCUGCCAGGAGCAAUUCCUCCCCGCCGAACAGCUGGCGGAGGUGAAGAAGCUCGCAGAGUCGGACGCGCCCUGGCCGGCCCGCGUCCUCGACCAACUCCGCCAGGCCCGCGCCAACCACCUCACCAAGGUCUUCGCCACCGACGCGAGGGCCUUCGCGGCCGAGAGCCAGACGGGCCUCCCCGCCGUCACCGCCUCCCCCGCCCCGCCUCACAGCAUGCACUACAACCUCCACGUCAGCAUCGCACGUGCGUGGUCGCGCAUCGCCGACGCCGAGGGCGAGGGCGAUGACGAUGCGAUUUCGGCGGUCGAUCGCAAGCGUCGCAUCGCCGCCGCCGUGAGGGAUGGGGGCGCGGCAGAGGAGCUCGUUACUUUUGUGGAGGAGGUGAAGAGGGAGGUUUGCAAAUCGAGGCGCGGAGACGUGUUUCAGGAGCUGUUGGACGAGGAUACGAAGCUGGCGUUGCCGAGCUUUUUGGAGUCGUUGAGGGCGGCGCUGAGGUUGGAGCAGAAGCAGGAGGGCGAUGUCGACGUUGCGGCGUACGUGCAUGACUGGGAGAAGAACAAGUUGGAGGACAAGUUGAGGUGGGAGUUGAGGCGGGAGGAGGCGGGGUUGUGA